AUGGGUGUAAGUGUCGUAGUAACAACGCAACCAGAUUCAGGGGUAACAAUUCAGCUUAAAGAAAAGUCACCUAGUGGAAACCCUCCUACUAAGACUUAUGAUGGAAAUGACAAGAUUACCAUUACUGUCACAAGAUAUCCCUAUCCUGGUGAAGGAUCUGACUUCCUCAAGUUCACCCAUACCCCUAAUGGACAAUCAUUCACACUUGCAAAAGUACUAGGUGAUGGAGGCAAUCCUAUUAGUGGAAUUCCUCUUACGGGACCUAGUAUGUCUGGGAAAGUAGGUUUAGUUGCAGCUUAUUACUGGAGGUAUGAAUUAGAUAACGCUCUCCUGAUAGGAAUCUACAUGGAUUCUGGAACUACUCAAUACUAUAGGAGCGAUAAGAGUGGUACAUGGAGUGAAUAUAAGGAUAUUAAGACACCUGUAAAAGAACCUACUAGGGAUGAGUUAGACCUACUCAAUUGUGAGAUUAACGACGUAGUUCAAAUAGAUGUUAGCAGGACAGAGGGACCAUAUUGUCACAAACCUGGAGAUUCUCCAAGUACUCAUAAGGAGAAGAAAGUCAAAGUUGAGAAGGUACAAGAUUUUUGUCAACUUCGGAAUUACACGGCUUAUCUUCAUGUCCCAAAUCCUAAGGCUCAUUAUGGAAUAAACCUCAACACAUUUAACAUAUCUGGAUUUAAAAAUGGUAAUAAUGAAGUAAGACUUAAUAGUCUAUCAUUGCCUAUUAAGGAUGCUACUAGGGUUAUUGUCUAUAUGUGUGAAGAAGUAAAUAGAACACCUUUACUCAUUUACUAUAGCAUGGUUACGAAUAAACUUGAUGGUUUUAAUACUACUCAUCAUUGGUAUAAGAAUAGUAACGGAAAAACUCCUGAUCAUUGGACUGCUGAACAUGAGUUAUCUAAACAUGGCCCAGGUUCCUAUGGCAAAAUCCGUGGAGUACUCGACUGUCUUGAUAGUAGAUGCAAACCUAAACUUGCUCCUCCUAUUCCCAGUUCUCAAGUUGCUACUGCUACUCUAUUAACCUCUCCUGAUGCUAGGAAUUCUCAAGACUCUACUUCUGUUAUAAAAACCUUUUCCUAUGUAACUACAGGUGUUCUUACAGCAUCUGGCUCUCUUACUGGAUUCGCCUACUUGCUCUAUAAGAAUACUAGAGAUCCGUGGGUUAGACAGAUAUAA